CUGUGAUAACAAUAACAAUUUAAUUUUUUCAUGUUUAUUUGAUUAUUUCAUCGCGUGCCCUGUUACAGUAUAAGUGAGUAAAUUGUUUUUAAACUUUUUAAGUCAUAUGCCAUAGUGCUCAUAUUUUCUAUGAUCAGUGUUACUUUAUGAUAUUUCAAUAUCGGUAUUUGAGUGUUUCACGAUUUUAUAUUAUAGUAACACUAGUAACUAAUAAAGUAAUAAGUAAUUACUAGUUAAAUACGUGGAAUCUGUGGUUCUUUGGAGUGUGUUUACUUGUCUUGGAAUUUUAUACUUUUACUAAACAAUGACUUUGGUGGAUUUUAAUGAUGUUGUAUUACCAGGCAAUGACGUCUCCGAUAUAGUUCUUAAAGGAGAUACUUUUAAAAGAAGUGAAAAAACCAUUGGUCCUGGAUUGAAGAGUGUCAACAACAAAAUAAUCGUAUGUAAUAGUGGAGUAUUGAGAAGUAAAGAUGACAAAUAUUUUUGGAUAGAAUAUUUUAAAAAAAAAUACUCACCAGCUAAGGAUGAUGUUGUAGUGGGAAUAGUGGCUGCUAAAACAUCUGAAAUGUAUAAAGUCGAUAUUGGAGCUUCUGAACUAGCUACUCUUCCAUACUUAGCAUUUACAAAUGCUACCAAAAAAAAUAGACCUGAUAUUAAAGUAGGGAAUGUUGUAGCUGCUAAGGUUAAAGUGGCAACACCAUUUAUGGAAUCUGAGAUCAGUUGUGUAGAAUAUGCCAAUAGCAUUAUAUUAGGUCAGUUAGAAAACGGUUUUUUGUUAAAUGUUAGUUUAAAUUAUGCAUUGAGACUAAGGAAAUCAAAUUCAAAAUUACUUUACCAUCUUGGACUGAUGGUUCCCUAUGAAAUUGUCAUUGGAGCAAAUGGAAAAAUUUGGAUCAAUAGUGCGUCAAUACGUACAACCAUUGCUAUAGGAAAUGCUAUACUGAAGGCAGAACAUCUAGAAGAAGAAGAUAUUCCACAGUUAGUGAAAAAUUUUAAUAAAAGUUUAAAUGUUUAAAAAUGUAUUUGUCUACUAUUUUUCAUUGUAAAUUAACAAUUUGAUCAAUAAAAGAUUUUUUUUAAAAGA